AUCUUGUGUGCUGUUAUCAUCAAGCUUGCUUCAAAAAAGGAAUAGCGCGACUGUUUGUUCUAUUCGAAAAUCUGCACGUUUAUCAAAUUUGAACUGCCCGCGUUGCCGGAUCAUUAGCCCUCGCCUACGCAGAAAUCUAUGAAUUUGAUACUCAACAUUCUAUAAUGAAGGACUGAUAACAUAUUUAAACUGUGCCACACAAAGGUGUCUCCAAAUAUAACAAUUCCACUCGGAUAGACGAGGGUUGUGUGAUUCGCAGCAUAGGGACAUGACACUAGCCCCCGUCGCUGAUUCGAACAAUAACACUGUGAGUCGGCAAGUCUACUUCUCUCUGUGGUUAUUUGAAUCGCCUGAAAGCUUUAGAAUCUUUUUUAGUCACCGUAGUGUUAUAAGUGACUCUUAUCGUCUUGAGCUUCACUGGGCAGAAUUAUGGAGCUCGACGAAGUUGUCUCGUGUUAUCAACUGCUGAUGAAGGAAUGGAACUCAAAACGACCGGACUACAUUGAGAAGUGUGGUCAGCUCUUGAAUAAACUUAAGAUCGGUUUGACGCAUUGUGCGUUCCUCCCAACAACAGGUUCGGCAAAUAAAAAGGAACUGCUCGUGGCUCGGGAUAUCCUCGAGAUUGGGGCUCAAUGGAGUUGCGCCUCGCGGGACAUUCCAUCUUUCGAGAGAUACCUCGCUAUGCUAAAGACCUACUACAUGGAUUACAAAAACGACCUUCCUGAAUCGUCGUUCAAGUAUCAGCUGUUGGGGCUUAAUCUACUGUGCCUUCUAGCUCAGAACCGUGUAGCAGAAUUUCACACUGAACUCGAACUUCUUCCGCCCAAGGAAAUUCAGGCAAAUCUCCACAUCUCGCACCCCGUGGCCAUGGAACAGUUCCUUAUGGAAGGUAGCUACAAUAAAAUUUUCUUGAGUAAGGAUGAUGUUCCGGCUGCCAGUUAUACUUUCUUCAUGGACAUUCUGCUUGACACUGUGCGAGGAGAAAUCUGUUCGUGUGCUGAAAAGACCUACGAAAAGAUUUCGGCAUCGGAAAUGGCACGAAUGCUUUACUUCGAUUCCGUCAAGGCUGCUGAAGCAUACCUGGCCAAGCGAGGGUGGGUGCUUCAAGGUGGUGCCUAUAUUUUAAUGAAGCCUAAAGAGAGGAAGAGCUCGUUCGAAUGUAACCCCAUUCCCGCCGAUACAUUCGCUACGAAAGCAAUUGAGUAUGCACGCGAAAUGGAACAGAUUGUCUAGAAACGUUUGAUCUCUGAAUUCCUGAGAACUCAAACCAAUUCUAGAUAUAACAAAAACAAGUGUGGAGAUGUAUGUAUGAUAAAUGCAACAUAGUUUUUCAAGAAAAAGUAAACGGGUGUGUUAAGGUCGAGACUCACCGCCAUAAUAAGGCACUUACACAAUCAGCCAGUUCUCUUAUGGGGGAUAACAUAGCGGUUGGGGCCUUGCUGUUUAGCAGGAAGGUAUUGUCGAGAAAACGUCAGGUCAGGUAGCAUUGGGAGUGUUAGGGAAGUCAGCGUUUUAUGAGACGACAAAAGCAAAAACAGACGGCGAUCAGAAAUCGUGCGUAAAGUCACGCAAACAAUUUCGACAUUGCGAAUUGCAUGUGAGUAAUAGAGACACGUGGAACGACGCGAAGACAGCGGUUGACAGUGAAAUAAAGGCACAAAACUAAUUGACGUUUGAUAACGAUUGUG